AUGUCGACGACUCUAGACUGGACGGCGGAGCCGCUACCUCCUUCCCUUCCUGAAAGGCUUCGAGGGCAUUCCAACUUACAGAUUGCCUAUGAUAUGGUUCGCCGACUCGAACGAUCUUUGGACAACAGGAGGCCGCAGUCGAAUCGCGAGACCGUGUUUUGCCGGAUCCUUGGUUACUUGUUGAUUCACGCUCCCACCGACACUGCCAGAGCUGCGGUAGCGCUAGAGAUACGCUCCGCCAACGCUGAAGGAGACCUUGACGCGAAACUACUGCAAAUAGGGGAAUGUUAUUACCAGUUUUUAGUCAAACUUUGUGAGGAUGAGGAGAUCUUCCGCCCUCUGUUCUGGUCCGCCAAGGGCAGAACAGGAACGCCUUCCAACCACUCCUCUCGUCCUUUGUUCGAUCUUGGAGUGGAUAUGGUCGGCGAUACUCUCGCAGAAUCCCCUCGAGACUAUGCCACCGCGAAGAAAUACGGGAGCACGACCGUCUGGACGGUACUCGAGCGUUUUGGGUACGGCGAGCUCCUUGACCAGUUGAACGGCCCUGGGAUUCAUCGAUUGGACAAUGUAAUGGCAUUGUCGCUGGAGGUGCACGAGCCGUUCGAGAGCCUCGUGUUUUGGCUGGUGCCCUCGACGGCGCACCCUGAUUGGCAGCCGAACACCUACGAUAUCCAAUCCUUGUAUCCCCCCGAGCUCCUUCGCCUCCCCAAAACCGUCCGAUUCGAAUCCAGUGAUCCCGAGCGACUCCCCCUCCCCAACCCGCGAUGUCUGGAGAUCCAUGCCGCGUGUGCGAAGGUUGCGCACCUUUCGGGCGCAGCGGAGUACCUGGAAAAUGUCUUGAGGGGAUAUGAAGAAACGCGAGUGCUUGCAGAGGACGGAACGUCUGCUGAGCUUCUGUCUCAUCUCCUGACUGGAUCCUAA